AUGGCUGAGUUAGUGGCUCAUAGUAUGGCUUCAUCGUUUGGAGGAGGCUUGCACAACAUGGGCAAUACAUGCUUUGCAAACUCUGUACUUCAGGGUAUGUUUUAUACAUCUCGUAUACAGAAGGUAUUGUGUGAUGAACGAGUACCACAUGGUAAGGAGAAUAUUAAUAAUGCACAUUCAAUUGUUCAUGUAAAAUUUGUAACAGAACAUAGUCAGGGAAGUGAACAGUUAUGCAUGGUGUGCACACUUAAAAGCCUGUACGACGAAUGUCAGACGAGAUCCCAAGUUCAUCCCUCUGGCAUAUACUCUCAGCUGAAAAGUAAUCAAGAAGAUGCUCACGAGUUCAUGUUGGCAAUUCUUGACAGAAUAAACAGCCACCUAGUUGUAGACGAGAACAUGACUCAGUCAGCAAUGGAUAAAGUAAUGGCAACUCUCUUAUCGACCACUGUUAAAUGCAGUGAGUGUGAGCAAGUUUCCACUACAUCUAUGGUUUCUAGCCACAUUCUAAUUAGUACAAAGGUACACAAUGUAGGAAAUGAGUGUAUCUCACAAGAAUUGAUACUACUGUGCUGCAAGGAUGUACCUACACUGCAUAGGGUAUGUAAUGGUGGUAAGUACGUUCAAGAAUCUGAGAUAAAGGGUAACUUGCCUGAUGAAGUGGUGGACGAAGAUUUGAUCAGUAUCCAAUCUUACUUCUCUAAGAAACUCCUGGAUAAAAAAGUUCAAGCAAAGAGAACAGAAUGGAAAUGUGGAGCCAUUACGUCAAAGUGGAACAUGGUUAUGUGUGAUUCAUGUUUUGUCUGGUAUCAUUGGUCUUGCACUGACAUUGAAGUAGAGAAGAAUACUCCUUCAGAAGAUACAGAUUGGUACUGCAGGAACUGUGAAAAUUAUAAUAAUAAAUUUUAUUUAAUAUUAAUUUUUGUAGACUACUUUUUACUAUCUAUUCCAUAGCCCUCCAUCUUCUUACCUUCUUCACAGUCCACAGUAAACUAUAUAGAGUAGUGUAGAUGAGCUAGUCCACAGGAGUCUACUAGUACAGUCUCAGAAGAAGAAGAAGAAUUCAAAUAGGAGCCCUGACACGUACACUGUGGAAACCGCGCUGAGU